GUGUGUCCAGAGAGUGCCGCGUAGGUGUUGCUCAAAUGCAGAUGGCGGAAUGUGCCGUGAAGCCGGGCUUUUGGCUGCUACAAGUUCCUGCUUGUUAUGACACUGACGGGCGUAGCUAUUAAGGGGGGGGAUCCCUAAUACAGGGAACGCCAUAAGGAGGAGUAUUCCGGGCGCAGCCUCUGACUUGAAAGGCGUCCUGUCUGCUUUGAAAGGAAAAAGGCGAGGAGGUCACACACUCAAACCUGUGGCUGCCCAUUGAAAGGCACAGAAGCAGCUUUAGGCGGUGUAACUAAGACUGAGCAGGAUGAUUGCUCUCUGGCCAAGGUGUUGGCAGCUGGCAGCUGGGAGGUGGCAUAGAUGGUUGAAGGGUGGGGGACAGGUGUGCCAGCAGCAGGUCAGCUUAUUGGUGAGUUGCUCAAGUGGUGGAAGGAGCGAUCCAGCUCAGCCCGAAGGAAGCAAGCUGAAGAGCAGUCGAUCUGUCAAAGAGUGGUCCUUGACGGUCAGCCCUUUUGGCCUGCUGAAGGUUCAGCUCCCUUGCCACAUGACCCUUUGCCCGCUGGACCCACACAAAUACCCUGACGCAGACAGGGUGUUUGUUACCGCGAGAGGGGCAAACAACAGUUCAAGUCUGGACCGUUUUCAUGUUCAUUAUGAUGAGGUGCUAAAGGAGGUGAUGAUUCUCUCAGAUGACGUGGACAGUGCCACCUCUGUGGAUGUGAAGAUUCCUGUGAAAUUUGACUUGGAUAUCAAGAUGUCGAGGAAUGGCUGUGUGAAGGUUGAGAAAAUUGAAUGUGAUCGCUGCAGAAUAGAAGCAGAGAAAGGCGCGAGCGUCCUGCAGUCAGUCAAGAGUCAGAAAAUUGACAUCAAGGCUAAAGGAGGGAAGGUUAUCUGCCUGGGAACUCUUCAGGGGAACGCUGAUAUUCAUGUGUCGCAAGGAAGUAGUGUGAAUAUAGAAAAGCUACAAGGUUCCUCCAUUAACAUUUCUACAAAAAAUGGCUUAAUAAAAAUGAAGUAUCUUUAUGCAGAAUCUUCAUUUCUGUCUUCAACAGCUGGUGACAUUUUACUGGGGAAUGUUCAUGGUGAAACAACUCUUCAGACUACUACAGGAAACAUUGAAGUUGAUUCUGCAGAAGGUUCCCUAAAAGCUUCUACAUAUCAAGGAGAGAUAGAUGCUUAUGUUGUCGGUCAAGCAGGAGAAGUAGAUCUGAAAUCUCAGGAAGGCUCCGUUGUGGUCAAGGUACCUGCCACUCUUAAUACAUAUCUACGGUUAUCUGGAAGCAAGGUUGAUGUGAGCCCAGAGAUCCAUUUGCAAGAUGUCCAGAAAGUUGUUGAAGAGGGGAACAUCAUUGUCACAGGUCAUCUGAAUCAAAAGGAUGAAAAAGGGAAAUGUAUUAAAGCAGAGACACAAAAUGGCACCAUUAAGCUCAAAACCCAAACCUGGUUCCAAUCAGUGAAACUGAAGACUACAUGAUGGAGUAGUGGUCCUUACCUGCAUAAAUCAAGAAGCAAGAAAGGAAAAUAACUAUGAAUUGUGUUGAUAACAUGCGUGGGAUCUUAACAAAUGUUUAUAUUUACACUGAAAGGUGUUUUACCGUUGUUCACCUCCUUCAAACAACUGGAUGUUUUCAAAUCAUGAAAAUUAUAUCUGAUUGUCUAAUUUUGCACUGGGUCAUUCUAAAUUAUGAUUCAUUCAAUAAACACUUUUAAAUGGCAUGUGGCAUUAAAACAUUUAUAAACAUUUUCAUUGUUAGUGUUUUAGAUACUGUCCCUUUCUCAAAAUACCCUUUUGCUGAAUUACUUAAUUUAGUGUAAAAUGUAUGUUGGAAAAAGCAACAGCACAGAGGCUUAUCCAGUGUGAAAAUAUGCUGUAUGAAGUGUUUGAUCAUUCUUAAAUGCAUCCUU